AUACAUUGUACAUGUAUAUAAAUCUCACCGUAUGUUCACCACAAGAUCAGCUAACAAAAAAUGUCGACUGAAGAAUUUGAAAAUGCAUCCGAUGAAAUUAAAAACAUUUCGUGUAGUGUUUGUUCAAGGAAAAAUGUGAGAAGAGAAGCAAAGGCGUAUUGUACAGAAUGUCAGGAAUAUUAUUGUGCUUCUUGUACCGACAUGCAUAAAAUGUUUUCUUCAAUGAGUGGACACAGAUUGUUGGACAAGUCUACAGCUGGCUUGCCGUCUACUUUGCAAAACAUUCCGACAGAAUAUUGCUCCAUCCAUAGAGGCAGGCUGUUAGAGAUGUACUGCAGCAACCACGAAGAGAUACUGUGUCCAACAUGUGCAGCUCUCAACCAUAGAUCGUGUCAGAGCAUACAUUUGAUACCAGAUGAAAUUGACAGUUUAUAUAGGCGGUCAGAAUUUGACGAAGCAACCAAGCAACUACACAAUAUACAGAAAGGUAUGGAAGAUAUCAAGAAAUCUAAGGAGACACGCAUGGAAGAGUAUAUAAAAUGUCGAAAAGAAGUAAUUGAUUCUGUUAAAAAGUUCCGAAAGGAAAUGGAAGCCGCUUUGGAAAAACUUGAAACUGAUCUAGUAAAGAAAGUUGAAACCGAGUGUGACAAAACAGAAGCAGUGUUACAGACGGAGAUCAUUGAAGUAAGAAAAUGUAUCGAUGAACUGAAACAAACUGCUAGUCAACUAAUGAAGUCCGUUGGAAACAGGGUUCAGGAAUUUGUCUGUGUGAAAACCUCCGAGAAAGUGAUCCGUAAAGCAAACGAGGCUGAAUGUCUUCUACAGAGAACAAAUGAAGUUGGAACGUCUUUCUCCGUUGAUUCAAUCAUUCAAGAAUUUCUAGAAGAAAUGUACACGUUUGGACAAGUUUUUAUUUCAAAAAGAACGUAUGCGGAGGAAAAGCUAACAGAAGUGUAUGUUCGGACUCCAAAUGAUAUAAACAAGUGUAACAUAUUUGGGGCAUGCUUUAUUGAUGAUGGGUCAUUGCUACUUGCCGAUUAUGGCAACAUUACUUUGAAACGUGUGGAUCUUUCUUCAUAUUCUGUCAGAGAUUAUGUAGAACUAAAUGACAGUCCCUUUGCUAUAUGUGAGACAUAUCCGAACAACGUUGCUGUAUCCCAUCACAACUACGUCAUUCAGUUUGUGGCAAUUGGAAAAGAAAUGGUAAAGUACAAAAAGCUACGUCUAGGGCACUUUUGCUUCAGUCUUGCUUUUAAAGACGGAAAACUGUUUAUCAGCGAUCGGAAUAUCUCCGUCUACAUCUAUGAUAUGAGCGGCAUUCUUCUUAGUAAAACAGAUACUGAAAACGCAGGUAAUCCAAUCUUCAGUGAAUGUCGAAUGGUAGUUCCUAGUACGAUUGGAGACAAAGUUUUUGUGGUAGACAGAGAUAAUGGUCUGAUAACGUUUGAUUCGUUUGGAAACUAUGAAUCAACAUUCACAGAUCCUAACUUGAUUCAAACAACGGCUGUAUGUGCUGACAAGAGAGGAAACCUAUUUGUUUGUGAAGUAGAAUCAUUAAAUAUUGUUCAAAUUAGUGAAAAGCCGAAAAGAGUUAUCGGUGUAAUUGUUAGAGAAGUAGCUGAAAACCCCAGAGAUUCAUAUGUACGAGUAUCCAGUAUUUGCUUUGAUCCAAAUGGGAACAAACUCAUUGUAGUAUACUCGGGAGAUUACAUAGAUGUCUUUCAGCUUGCUGUUACGCAUGUAUAGAGACAGGCACCAGUACCCCGAAUAGUAUUGAUGUCUUCGACGAAAUGAUUACAGCAAUUUACGUGCUAUAACGUGUUAUAAACUUAUCGUCUGCUAUUUUGACAUUAAUGUUAUAGCUCAACAGACACAAUAUUUUUCGUAAUGAACAUUAGAAACACAGAAGAUGGAAUUGACAGGUUGUAAUUACAUAAACAACUACAUUGUACAUGUAUUUUUUUCUUGUAUUAAUUUUGCUUUCUCAAACAAUGAAACUUUGCAGCAAUUCACAUUUAACUGCUACAAAGUGCCCGUAAAAUUGACUAGUUGUGUAUGUUGUUACAGUUAUAUGGCAGCUAUUGCACAUUUAAAAAUGGAGAAAAUUUGGAGCAAUUUCCAAACUAUUAAAAACAGACUGUGUUCUUGUUUACUGCAAUUUCAUUCUUUAACAUCAUCAUAGUUGGGAGUUUCUUUAAAUUUUCACCAAUAGUUGCAAAAUUAUGUUCCGAGAAAAAAGGCUAUGUGGAAAUUAUUCAAAACAUAGUGAUAGUUUUUUAUGCUCUGCACUUGGUCUCAUCGCCAUCUAUCAUUACCUCAAAUGUGUGUUCAAUUAUCUGUUAUAGUUACAAACUUAAUGCAAAUUGUUAGAUAUAAAUUAUACGCAAAAUAUGAACAAUUAUUGCAUAGUAUCUGGGUAAAUAAAACAGAUAUGCUUGUGGCGCCUCCGUGGCCGAGUCGUUAAGGUCGCCACGACUCACUUGUCCUUGAAAGUCUCCAUAUCACCUUAUAAGGGUGACGAUGCGACGUUAAAUCCAACAAAACAAAAACAAAGAUACGUUUGUGCGUCUAUAACAGUACUUUGUAUUAGGCUGUAUUAUAAAUGUUUAUAAAACGCAGAAUAAAUCUAUAAAUAAACAAAUUACAUUUCCAAAUGUGACAUCAACUGAGAUUUCACUCUAGCCAAGUUAAAUAUAUUUGAUGAGGAUUUUUAAUAAAUCAGCAUUUAAAUGAUAAAAUGUACUGAACAAAAGCGGGUUACCCAACAUAAACUUCUUUGCCAGAACCUUAAAAAAUACUGUUUUUUUUUUUAAAUUAGAGAUAUCUUUUUGCCAAUAUUCUGUUAAUAAGAUCUCAAUAUUUCAAAAAUACCGAAUCGCACAAAGGCACAAUCUUACUCAUUUUACUUUCGCAUCCUAUUUAUAAAAAUCGCAAUGAUACAUAAUUAUACGUAAAUGCUGUUUUUAUUUAGAAACCGGGUGAAUACUAAAACUUGAUAAGAAAACAGAGGUGUAAAUUUCAUUGAUUUAUUAGAAAAUAGUAAAAUAUCUUACAAAUAUCAAUAUUCCUUUUCAAUAAGAUCCGACAACGACGUUUUUAUAUUUUUGCCAAAAUAUUGGCUUAAUUAACUUACAACGCUUAAUCUCUGGUUUGUAAAUUCUGUAAUUUUUAAUAUACUUUUGAAACUUUUCAAAAAUAGGUAAAAUGAGUAAAUUUGCAUUAUGUUAUUAAUGGAUUUUGUUGCAAUUUUAAGAUCAAUAAAUUAUCAAAUUACUGAGCAAAUAAUCUUCAGCAAAAACUUUGAACAACAUCUGGAACAUAUAGACAUGGUAUUGUGACUCUAUCAGCAUCCUUGUUAAAUUUUACAUCAUCAGCAGCAAGCAACUUGUUCUGUAUAAGGUCCAGUGUACAUUAUUAUGUCUCCCCCAGGAGACAUAUUGUUUUUGCCCUGUCCGUCCGUCCGUCCUUCCGUCCGUCCGUCCGUGCCCGCGAAAUGAUGGUUAAGUGACUGCAUAACGGUACUUUCUCUUUGAUGUCAUUCAUUCCGUUCUGUUUAUGUGACUAUUUUCUUUUUAUGUGACUGUUAGAACAAUAGAGAGAAGAAUGGGGGUGUCACAUAAAGACCGUUUCGUUAGAACUUCCGUCCGUUCGUCCGUCCGUCCGUUCGUACGUCACACUUCAUUUCCGAGCAAUAACUGGAGAACCAUUUGACCUAGAACCUUCAAACUUCAUAAGAUUGUAGGGCUGCUGGAGUAGACGACCCCUAUUGUUUUUGGGGUCACUCCGUCAAAGGUCAAAGUCACAGGGGCCUGAACAUUGAAAACCAUUUCCGAUCAAUAACUAUAGAACCACUUGACCCAGAAUGUUGAAACUUCAUAGGAUGAUUGGUCAUGAAGAGUAGAUGACCCCUAUUGAUUUUGGGGUCACUCCGUCAAAGGUCAAGGUCACAGGGGCCUGAACAUUGAAAACCAUUUCCAAUCAAUAACUAGAGAACCACCUGACCCAGAAUGUUGAAACUUCAAAGGAUGAUUGGUCAUGAAGAAUAGAUGACUCCUAUUGUUUUUGGAGUCACUCCGUCAAAGGUCAAGGUCACAGGGGCCUGAACAUUGAAAACCAUUUCUGAUCAAUAACUAGAGAACCACUUGACCCAGAAUGUUGAAACUUCAUAGGAUGAUUAUACAUGCAAAGUAGAUAACCUCUAUUGAUUUUGGGGUCACUCCAUUAAAGGUCAAGGUCACAGGGACCUGAACAUUGAAAACCAUUUCCGGUCAGUAACUUGAGAACCACUUGACCCAGAAUGUUGAAACUUAAUAGGAUGAUUGGUCAUGAAGAGUAGAUGACUCCUAACGAUUUUGGGGUCACUCUGUGAAAGGUCAAGGUCACAGGGGCCUGAACAUUGAAAACCAUUUCCGGUCAGUAACUUGAGAACCACUUGACCCAGAAUGAUGAAACUUCGUAGGAUGAUUGGCCAUGCAGAGUAGAUGAACCCUAACGAUUUUAGGGUCACUCUGAUAAAGGUCAAGGCCACAGGGGCCUGAACAUGGAAAACCAUUUCCAAUCAAUUACUUGAGAACCUCUCGACCCAGAAUGUUGAAACUUCAUAGGAUGAUUGUUCAUGCAGAGUAAAUGACCCUUAUAGUUUUUGGGGUCACUCCGUUAAAGGUCAAGGUCACAGGGACCUGAACAUUGAAAACCAUUUCCGGUCAGUAACUUGAGAACCACUUGACCCAGAAUGUUGAAACUUAAUAGGAUGAUUGGUCAUGAAGAGCAGAUGACCCCUAACGAUUUUGUGGUCACUCUGUGAAAGGUCAGGGUCACAGGGGCCUGAACAUUGAAAACCAUUUCCGGUCAGUAACUUGAGAACCACUUGACCCAGAAUGAUGAAACUUCGUAGGAUGAUUGGUCAUGAAGAGUAGAUGAACCCUAACGAUUUUAGGGUCACUCUGAUAAAGGUCAAGGCCACAGGGGCCUGAACAUGGAAAACCAUUUCCAAUCAAUUACUUGAGAACCUCUCGACCUAGAAUGUUGAAACUUCAAAGGAUGAUUGUUCAUGCAGAGUAAAUGACCCUUAUUGUUUUUGGGGUCACUCCGUUAAAGGUCAAGGUCAUAGGGACCUGAACAUUGAUAACCAGUUCCGAUCAAUAACUUGAGAACCACUUGACCCAGAAUGUUGAAACUUCAUAGGAUGAUUGAACAUGCAGAGUAGAUGACCCCUACUGAUUUUGGGGUCAGUCUAAUAAAGGUCAAGGUCACAGUGGCCUGUUCAUGUAAAAUCAUUUUUUUGGAAAUAACUUGAGAACCACUUGACUUACAAUGUUGAAACUUAAUAGGAUGAUUGGACAUGCAGAGUAGAUGACCCCUAUUUAUUUUGAGGUCACUUGAUCAAAGGUCAAGGUCACAGGAGCCUGAACAGUGACUUGAGAACCACUAGGCCACUAGUGUUGAAAUUUAGCGGGAUGACUGGACAUGCCAAGUAGAUGAUCCCUAUUGCAGCCAACCAUCAGUGUCUCUUUGACUUUCGCUCCUGACCCCUAUUGACUUCGUGCCUAUAGGACUUUGCAUUGGGGGAGACAUGCGCUUUUUUACAAAAGCAUUUUCUAGUUUAUAAUUGUUGACAAU